AUUUGGCAAGUUGGAGAACAAGAAAGUGCUAUCACUUUCUUUUUAUCGAAAGUAAACAAUAAACUAUUUGUAAUUUAAUUACACUUAUAAUUUUAUACGAAUUAGUUACUAACCAAUGUGCCUGAGACGGUAAAAGACUUCAAGAGAAAGGAGAACGCAAAAAACGGUAAGCAAUUUUAAAAGUUAGCGCUAGUCAGUUCGUGUAGUUUUUGAUGUUCAAAAACCUUGUUUGUGUUUUAUAUUGUCAUGUUUUAGUGUUAUAUAAUUAAUCAUGUUGUUGCUAAGAGUGUUUAAUACGUAUAUAAGUGUAAUAAAACAUCCAACCUAUGUCGCAGUUCGCACAAUGUCGAACGCGUCUGUGAGCAUAAAGUUCAGGGCGGGGCUGACGCCUUCGGACCCUGAACAGCAGCCGGUACUCAUAGUAGGCCAGGCAGCUCAUCUAGGUGCUCUCAACUGGGACGAUGUGCGGUGCAAACUGGAGCCCAGAGUGACUGAAGAGGCCUGGCGCCGUGGUCUUCAAUGCGUGACGUCAUCUCCCGGUGACUCGUGUGAGCUCUGGCCUCGUGCAGUCUCCCUCGCAUCGUUGCCAGCCCGUCGCUCCCGACACGCUGCCCCAGCCAGAAACCAUGCUCUUGCUAAAAUCGUCCGGUCUACUCAACGGUCUACUGAUGAGACCAUUGUGUUGGUAUGUCGCAAACGCGACGUCCUAGCGAGUGCGGUGAGCAUAGCUCGGUGCUACCCGCAGUUCCAGGCGCGGUCGGCGGCGGCCCCGCUGUCCGCCGCGCCGCCCGCGCCCGCCGCGCGCGCCGUCGCCGUCGAGAUACAUCUGCUCAAAGAGGACAAACCCGAUGGGGAAUCAGAGGAUGAAGGUAUUGGACCAUUAGACCCGGCGCUGUGUGAGAACACUCUGUCUGCUGAGGAGGUACAGACCUUGCAGGACGCGGCCGACGCUACCAGGCUGGCUGCGAGGAUCACCGACACUCCGGCCAAUAUUAUGAACGUGGAUAAGUUUAUUGAGGAAGCAUUCAAAGUGGCAAAAGAACUAGACAUCCUAGAACCAACAGUGAUCCGAGGAGAGGAGUUAAAGGCUCGAGGAAUGGGAGGUAUUUACGGAGUUGGGAGGGCGGCGGCCUGUCCUCCAGCCCUCGUGACCCUGUCAUACAUGGCCCCGGGGGCCGCUGACAGCGUCGCUUGGGUCGGCAAGGGCAUUGUUUACGACACCGGCGGCCUCAGUAUUAAGGCAAGGACUUCAAUGGUAGGUAUGAAAGGCGACUGCGGCGGCGCGGCGGCAGUACUGGCGGCGUUUGCCCUGGCCGUCAAAUCCAAGCCAACUAUCAACUUACACGCCGUACUCUGCCUCGCUGAGAACGCUGUCGGUCCUCUUGCUACCAGACCGGAUGACAUCCACACUUUGUACUCGGGACGCACCGUAGAAAUCAAUAAUACGGAUGCUGAAGGUCGUCUAGUCCUCAGCGAUGGUGUGGUGUACGCGUCUAGGGACCUGAAGGCUGAUACCAUUGUAGAUGUCGCUACUCUAACUGGUGCUCAGGGUACGGCGACGGGCAAGUACCACGCGGGCAUCGUGUCGAACAGCGCGCGGCUGGAGGCGCGCUGCGUGGCGGCCGGCCUGCGCUGCGGGGACCUCGCCCAUCCGCUGCCCUUCGCGCCUGAACUACACUUCACCGAGUUCACCAGCUGCGUCGCCGAUAUGAAGAAUAGUGUCGCUGACCGCAACAACGCUCAGCCAUCUUGCGCGGGUUUGUUCAUUCUGUCCCACUUGGGCUUCGACUUCCCCGGCUCCUGGCUGCAUAUCGACAUGGCUGCGCCGGCGCACUGCGGCGAGCGUGCGACAGGUUAUGGCGUGUCCCUGCUGUGCGUCCUGUUCGGGGCCCACACACACUCGCGCCUGCUGCGGGCCCUCGCCCCCGCCGCCGCGCUCUAGUACACAUAUAAAUCAACUCCUGAAGAAGAAAAGGUAACAUUUAAAUUCAGCAUUUAGACAACAAAACAAGGAAAUAUCUAAAGUACACCCAACUUCAAUAAUAUUAAGAAUACUAAUUACAUUUCGUAUAAUGGUCUAAGUCUUAAUCUAAAAUCGCCUGAUGGAACUAUAAUAUCUCUACCUACCUCAUCGGUAUAAAAAAAGCGUUAAAAACAACAAAUAACGCAAAAACAAUAAUUUUCCCGCUCUUUUCAAAUGUCAAACCAUAACCAUAGACAGCAAGCAUAGAUAAUAUCAAAGAAGAAUAGACUUUUUCAUAUUUUUUUUUUUAGUUUGAAUAAGACCUUUUUUUUUAAAUUAGUGUAAGUUAAAAGAGGUAGGUUUUAAAGCAAAUGUUGUCUUAAGGAGUAAUUAUGAAUCUUAUAAGUAUUAUGGCUAUCAAUUAAGUAAUGAUUUUUAUAAAUUUGUAUUAAAAUUAUACGAUUAUUAUAAGCAUAGAUAUGGUUGGUUUAAGCCGUAGUAAGGCCAUGUAUUUAAAUGCCAACUAACCUAGGCCUACAGGCCUACGUGAGACAUUAAGACAUAUGUCUAAUUGACGAGGCUAGACACUAUCAUCAAAUAAUUUCUUAUAAUUUAUUUCGUUGCGAGAUCUAAGCAAGACAGUGAUUCGUGUUUAAAGGACACGCCGGUGUUUCGGUGUUUCAUGGUUGUAUCUACUUAUAGAUCCUGGCUUACAGGAGUUGAAGCGGUUUUGGGAGCUCGGCUUUAGCUUCGGUUUUAGCUUAAUUCAUAUCUAUGUUUAAAAAUAAUAGUAUAAUAAUAUAUGAGUAUAAAAAGAGGUUUGCAAAAAAUACUAAAUUAGUUAGUUAUAUCAGAACUUGACUAAUAUGGUUGUUAAAAAUACAAAAAGAAACAUAACGCUGCCUCAUUUCAAUUCAAUUUUGCUGUCUACUAUACAUAACAUACUUGUCACUUUAUAUCAUUGAAGAAAUGGCUGAAAUGUUGAUCACAGUCUACACUUUAGUGGGUACUCGAAACAUUCAGUGUGUUGGCAGUUAAAAAAAAAACAUUGCCCUACAUUACUAGGAUUUUCUCCUAUGUCGUAGGUGCGUUUACAAACAUAAAAACUCGCAUACACAAGCCACCCAGUUUUUUUCCAUGGUUUUCAUGGUUGUAUCUUCUGUAGAUUGUAGAUCACAGGAGUUGAAGUGAUUUUGGCCGGGCUAGUCUCAAUUCUCUGUCAAAAGAGACCAAAAGUAGUCAAGUUUGUGAAGCAUGUUAGUUGUAAUGAAAGCAAUAUUAUCGUACAAUUCGAGGGGUUAAUACUUAUUGCAUUAGUUACCUGUUGCUGACAAUAUAUUUUUAUAAUAAAUAAGACUAUUUACCGUCCGAAGUGACUUCGUUUUUGAUAACAACAUACAUCUCUUAAUUCAUUUGAACCCAAGCGAAUGCUGGCGUUCGCGCAAGUCAUAAUUGAUUAUUAUCAUAUAUUUUUUGUCUACCUACCAACCCUCAUGCUGACUACGGCAAGACCAAAUGGUUGAUGAAGUAUAGGCCUCAUCAACCAUGGUCUCCAUCCAUUGAUCAUCGAAUGAUGACUUCUCUCUCCCAGGAUGAAGCAAGAGGGAGUGUCAGACUCUUACUGACUAAAAACCAUCCUGUUCCUUCUCCUGCUCCAGGCCGAGGCCAUGGUACCUUAUUGCGAUAAUUCGAUAUCCGAGGGAAAUCAUGGCCGCUAGUUCACCUAUAAAAUGUGUAUAUUGUUGUCAAAAACUAUUUUAAUAAGGUACCAAUACAAAAUACUAAUAAUAAUAAUAACGUUCACAAAGCCUUAUAGCAAUUGUAAUAGAAACUUAAUAUUAAUAUACCUAGUUGCAGUUGUCAAAUGUUUUAUAUUGUUACACCAUUGUAAUCUAGCAAUAAUAUUGUAUUUAUAAUGUCAUGUUAACCUUAUAAAUAGGCAAGGAUUAACUCAAUUUAGUGUAACUCCUAAGAAGUAAAAAGCGAGUGGUAACUAUAACAGAUUUUAAUAUGCACAUCUACCUUUGAUAUGUUUAAAAAUAAUGGAUGGAAAGUGAUGGUGAAAUUGUAAAAUAAAGCCCUAUGUAUAUGCCGAUUCUUAUUAGACGACUUAUUGGAUGAUCUGGCCCACGAUGAAACAAUGAAUUUAUUUUUGUAAAAGGCCAUAAAACAGCAUGUUUACACGUCAAAAUUAUAUGUACAAAAGCUAGAUGAAGCCAGCAUUUCCUAUCUGACUACUCUGAGAAAAUAUGCCGAAACAAAUUCAGAGGUCCGUCUCUUUUCAAGUCCAGACAAUGUGAAAUUGGUAAAAAAUCUAGGGUUUUAUGGAGGCUCUACACAAAACAAACUCUCUCGUCUGGCGGUUGAAUCGUAGGUGCAUAGAUUAUACAGAAAGUUAUUUCCAACAGGAAGCCUGUACCAAAAAACCCCAUUACUACCAUAGUAUAUAAAAAACAGUUCUUUUUGAGUCGCAUUUCUAUCCGACACGUUUCUUAAGAGUAUAUAUUACACAGUUGCAUGAUAAGUCCACUAUAAGAAGCUAAAUCUAACAAAAUGCUAUAAGAUGUAAUAUUAGCAAUAAGUUCAAUGUGUUCGUCAUAGCCAAAACAUAAGCCAUAAUAUUUUUAUAUUGUAACAUGUAAACGAAUAGUCUCGAAUGCAAUAAUAAAUCUAGAUUUUAGAUUUUUUAUUCAUUUCGAAACUGAAUCAUUUAAUUUUUUCUGUAUUCCAUAAGCGAAAGUGUUUAAUUUUUCGAAAUAAAGUUGUAUUUGAAUUAAAAAUUUGAGUUUUUGUAUGGGUAUUUAUGAACCAUCAUCCCUGCCUAGCUUUUUAGAAGACUGAACCUGUCUGUGGACUCUGCUUACCGUUCUUAAUUUUAUUUUGGCAUGGAAACUGAAAAGUAUAUUCGAAAAUACUUCUUAGCUUCUAAAUUAGCAAUAUAUUAUGUUGUGGUUUACUUUUCUGAAUGGGUAGUGCCCAAUUUCAUUUUAGUUAUCGUAAAAAUACAUUCGGCCCUCUGUAUUUGUCCUGAAGGAAACAUGCAGUAAUAAAAUAAAACAACUAUAGUCUUGGUUAAUGUUUAUUGUAUUUACUUCAAUUCGUUUACCAAUAAUGCUGGGUAUAACACUAGACAAUGUAUAUAAAAGCCAGUUUAAAAUCCAAAUACUUUUGUAUACAAUACAUUGUAAAAUUUCGUCACAGUAAAAUACAGGUAGACAAAAAAAUAAAUGCACUUAACGCGCCCUAUACAUGGCAACAUUCACUUAAGAUUUUUGGCAAAUCCUUACGUUACAUUUACGAGUAUAAAUUGCACAAUGACUUUAAAAAAAUAAAUUAUAGAAAUUUUACAAUUUCACUAAAUAAAAUAUAAGUUCGAAUAUCAAUUUUGUAAAAAAAAAAAAUAGACAUUUUUACGUUCGAAACAGCAUAAAAUGAUCAAUGCAGAACUGAAUCACACUAGUAUAAAAAUUUAAAAAUAAAAGCACGUACCUACUUAUAGAAAAACAGUUUUGGCCCGAUGAUGGCCUAAUUAAUACAAAAAUUACCAUAACUUUGAUUUUAAUUAGCUAUCCUAAAUUAUUUUUCAAUAACAUUUUACAUGUUCAUGAAAAUGAUAGAAUGGCUCUUAAAAUCAAAGUACUGAUAUGUUUUUAGAACGUAGGCGGUUAUUUUAUUGUGCAAUUCAUAAAUCCCUGACCCCUGUACCGUAGUUUGCUCCUCCCGCCCUAUUCAGAGCGUCCUUGAAUUGAUCGAUGUCUAUUUCGGAUUGAUUUUCCAAUUGUAACUCCACUGCAAAAU